AUGCCUCCACGAAACAACCCCCUCCCAGCAGCAGUCCGCCUCUUCAACUGCACAAUAUGCGACAAAGGCUACCCGCGCCAACUCGACUACGAGAACCACCUCCGCUCCUACGACCACAACCACCGCCAACGUCUCGCCGAUAUGAAGAAGCUCACUGCCUCUAACGAAACCGAAAGCAAUAAGCCAAAGCAGGGUCUAGAGAUGCGCAGUAUCGAUGUCGAGAACGCAAAUAAGAAGCCUGGUGUUGGGAGUCGGUUUACUAAGAUUGGUGGAGGUGGUGCUGCAGGUGCUGCAGGAGGCAGGUUCAAGAAGGUUGGUGUUGCUGUCAGUGGAAAGGAAGGUGGCUAUGAGGGUGCGGGGGCCAAGACCGAAGAUAAUACAGGGAAGGUUGUAGAGAGCGUAGAAGUUCCGGCUGCUGCUGCAAUGCCUAUCGUGGUGGCCGACGUCAAGAAAGAAGAGGAUGUGGCCAUGGCUGACGACGACGAGGGCGAAGAGAUUACUUGGGAAGAGUACGACUUCACAAAACCAACUGGAUGCGAUCAUGCUAGUUGUCCGGGAUGCAAGACGGACGGCAUUUGGAGCGGUGAAUGGGUAACUGUUGAUGCUGUGUGA